AUGGCGGAUGAAGAGGUCGCGUUCCUGAACUCGAUGUUGGCAGCAAACAAUUACGCAGGAGAGUACCAGAUGGGUGGUGAGGCUAGUGGACAGCGAGCAGACUCAAUCUCUUCUGAUGAAUAUGAUCCACCACAAACAGUGCAAACAGAGUCUCUUCCAGCUUCUACCGUCCACUCCACUUCCAAUAUUCCCCCUUUGCAUGAGACAUUACCCACUGCAUCCGAGACCCCUUUAAACUCCACCUCUACAUCUGCAGCUCCCGUUGUGAGGGAGGCCUCUGCAUCUCUUUCUAGGUCGAUGUCCCGAGCCUCUUCGGAAACCUCUGACAGCAUCCCGAUCACUACCAAUCAACAAAAAUCCAACCAAGUCAUACCAAACAAUUCAGUGCAGGGUGGAGAAGCAACAAGAUUCGGGAAAGACACUGCCAUGGGUCAAGGGGGUUCUUCUUCACUGCUUCCGGGGUCUGGUUCUAGUCUGAACGUUUCUACGAAUAAUGUUUCUGCAGAUAAUGUACCAAUACAGAAUGGCGUUCAAGAACAAAAGCAUUCAGACAGUGUUCAGAAUGGCGCUACUGAUACCGUUCCUAAUCUCGCUGCUGUUAUACCUGAUACAGGGGCUUCUUCCCACAGUGACUCAACGGUCAAGCCUUCAGAAACGCUGCCAGCCCCAUCUGCGGUAGACACACGACCGUCGACGGCAGAGGAAGCCGCUACUUCUACCACAGCUGCCCCUAAAGCCCGACUCCCUCAUGACAAGAUUGGUAUCUUAGAAGAUAGGAUCAAAGAGGAUCCUCGAGGUGACUUAGACGCUUGGCAAAACUUGAUCAAUGAGCACAAGAAGCGAGGCAAGCUUGAAGAUGCUCGCAAUGUCUACGAACGUCUUCUCAUCAUCUUUCCGUCUGCGGCUGAAGAAUGGGUUGCUUAUGCACAAAUGGAGAAUGAAGUGAACAACCGGACUGCAGUAGAAAAGAUAUUCAACCGAGCUCUCCGAGAGCUCCCCUACCUUGGACUAUGGUCCAUGUACUUGGAUCAUAUCCGUCGCCACAACAAUAUAGCUAUGGAUCCGUCGGGCUUAGCGCGCCAGACCAUAAAUUCGGCAUACGAUAUUGCAUUGCAGCACAUUGGCCUUGACAAAGAAUCUGGCAAGAUCUGGCAAGACUAUGUGCAGUUCCUCAAGUCUGGCCCCGGCAUCGUCGGCGGCAGCACUUGGCAGGAUCAGCAGAAAAUGGACUCGCUUCGUAGUGUCUAUCAACGCGCAAUUUGCAUACCAACGCAGUUCACUAACCUGCUAUGGAAAGAGUAUGAUGGAUUUGAGAUGAGUUUGAAUAAGAUCACAGGACGCAAAUUUGUUCAAGACCAGUCACCUGCCUACAUGACUGCGAGAAGUUCGUACACGGAGCUUCAGAACAUUACCCGAAACCUCCGUCGUACCACCCUACCAGUCCUACCGCCUGCGCUUGGCUUCGACGGCGACGUUGAAUACCUGGAGCAAUUGGACAUCUGGAAGCGAUGGAUCCAAUGGGAAAAGAAUGACCCCCUUGUUCUGAAGCUUGAUGAAGUAGUUUCAUACCGAGCUCGGAUUGUCUUUGUCUACAAGCAAGCUUUGAUGGCUAUGAGGUUUUGGCCUGAGCUGUGGGCCGAAGCGAGCGACUUCUGCUUUGCAAAUGAUCUCGAGUCCGAAGGGGAUGCAUUUCUGGCGCAAGGCAUUGCCGCGAAUCCCGAGAGCUGUCUGCUUGCAUUUAAGCGUGCUGAUCGAAAGGAGCUCAACAGCACCAAGGAAGAGGGUGAUGAGGCCGCCAUACGUCGUGGUGCAGCUGUGCGUGAGCCUUAUGAUAAGGUUUUGGACGCCCUUUACGACCUUUUCUCCAAAUCCAAAGCACGGGAGGAUCAGGACGUUGGCCGCAUUGAAGCCAACUUUACUGCCAGUGAUGAUAUCCAGUUCAAUGGUGUUAAAGCCGAGGAAGACAACGAGGAUAACGAAGGGCAGGAUGGUAGGAGCAAAGAAAAGGAGAAGGCUGCGCAAAUUGAGUCUGUCAGAAACUUGCACGGCGUCCAGCAAAAGUUAUUGUCGAAGACUCUAUCACACGCCUGGAUAGCCUUGACUCGAGCAAUGCGACGUAUUCAGGGCAAGGGGAAAGUCAACCAUGCCUUGGCUGGUUCAAGAGGGAUUUUUGCGGACGCUCGCAAGCGUGGUCGGAUAACUAGCGAUGUCUAUGUUGCCAGUGCUCUGAUGGAGUUUCAUUGCUAUGAGGUUGAAACUGGAAAGAAGAUCUUCGAGCGUGGUUUGAGACUGUUCUCAGAGGACGAGGAUUUUGCUUUACAGUACAUUAAGCACCUCGUUGCCAACAACGAUCAUACUAACGCUAGAGUUGUUUUUGAGACUGCGGUUACUAAGCUUGCGCUGAAACCUGAGACGGUCUCAAAAGCAAAGCCACUCUACGCUUUCUUUCAUGAUUUCGAGUCUCGUUAUGGCGAAUUGACUCAGAUCGUGAAGCUGGAAAAGCGAAUGAGCGAUCUCUUUCCGGAAGAUCCUGCCCUCACGCUUUUCUCGCGUCGUUUUGCACAACAAGGCUUUGAUCCUACGGUUAUCCGCCCUAUUAUAUCUCCCGCUACUCAAGCCAAAUCUAAAACGAUUCCAAGCAUUAAAACUGAAGCAGAAGGUGUACCGGACUCACCGCAACAACGCAUAAAUGAAAUCAUCAACUCUCCAAAGCGUGCCCUUCCUACCGACGAUGACGACGAUUCUCCGCGACCACGAAAGGUUGCUCGUCCUGAAUCUCCAUUGAAAGGUGCAGCCGGUCGGCGACUUGAUCAACAGAAGCGCAGCCGACAGCCUGAGAUGCCUCAGUUCAACCAACCAGUGCCGCAUCCUCCUCCUCCGCCUCCUCUUCCUCGCGACGUCAUGUUCCUUCUCAGCAUCAUCCCUAAAGCCGAGACAUACCAUGCGACCAAAUUCAGUGCCGAGCAACUUGUGAAGCUCCUACGCGAGACCAACAUCCCUACCUCAAUGGCACAAGCUCCACCUCCAAAUCAGUCAAUGCCACCGUAUCAGCAUAUGCCGCCACCGAUUCCCCAACCCCAAGGACCUUACGGGCAUGGUCAGUACAAUGGCCAGUACAAUGGCUCUUACCCCUACAAUCGAUGA